CGACGACGACGACGAUCGAGGACCGGUCUACCUUCUCUCUCUCUCUCUUGUUCGGUGCACCACCCUCCGACACACCCUCCUUCACCAGGCGGCGCGGUUACGGUCACACGCAGGUCGCAGGACACAGCCCGCCAGCAUAGCCCUACCCCACCGAGACUGCGCACGUUCCAAUAAUCCAACACACUCACCCGCUCAGCCUUGGCUGUUGUAGAGCCCCUUUGGAACGGACGGCAAUCAACGUCAUAACAAGUGCUCGAGCGUCGAAGCGCGUUCAAUAAUAAUCAUAAUAAUAACAGACGCCCCCGUCAGCAGCCGUCCUGCAACUACAGGUCCAACGGUAUUUUUGCGAACAUGAAGGGAAUCGCUUGCUUCAGCAGGAGCAAAAGCAACGCCGAGUUCGAUCAAGACGAGUGCGCGAGAUCGCCAAGGAAGCACCGAAAAGUCUCUCGGCAGGGCAGCAGCAAAUCACAAGCGUCACGAUGCAGCACUGCUUCCAACGCGAGUAUAUCCAGACUGCCGCCAUGCAAACGAGUAUCCGACCCUCAAAUCGAGGCGAUGAUGAUGCCCAUGCCGCAGGAGACCAGGCAGAGCAGAUGUCUACGAAUGAGCCAUCCCAAGAUCUACGGCGACAUUGUCAACGAAAUGAAGCGAGAGAGAAAGUCACGUGCGUGGAAGGAUUUUCAAGUAUUCCAUACGGACGAAGUCGACAUGACCAUCUCGGCAGUUGACAUGGCGGCUAAGAAAGCCGCCCAAUACGAACGAAUGGUACGCGACCUGAGCAGCUUUGGUGAAGGCGAAAACCGGCAAUUUCGUCGUUCGAUUGAUGCCAUCGACACCAUUGGAUGAAGCAGUGCCCGCAGUCAGGUGGACGAGUCGUAUGGCUUGCAUCCACAAACAUCUGCAUUCUCCACCGGUCAUCGUGAAAAAUGCGCCGUGGUUUCUUUGUGCGAGUCCGCUGAUUGCCAGGAUCCACUUGCUCCGGACACCGGAGAUGGCCCACAGAGGGCACUAGGCGUCUUGGCUCUCACAUGCACACGUCGACUUUUACCCCACGGGGGUCUGCACGGGUUAUAUCACUUGCUGCCACCAACACGAACACACUUCGACUCUCGACUUCAACAACGUCACAGUCGCCUUCAAGAACAUCAACAACAUGGCUCUACCGGUCUUGACGUCUCCGAUGUCGACUUCACAACACACACUGAAAAGACACGACACGGGUCUGGCCUUGUCUGAGUCACCACCCCCACCACUGGUAACACGACACCAAGAACAAAAACAAAUGACGAGAACAAGAAGAAACUCGACGUCUACGCAGUCAUCGACACAGUCAAGCGACACUUCACAAACCACGCGAACCCGCUUUCAUGUGGGAUUGUUGAUGCCCGACGCUCCUCCAGAUCUACAACACGAAGCGAGACACGCCUCCUAUCGACGUCGCGUGUGCAGAGAUGUAUUUGGCAAGGACAUGCACCUCGACUGGAAAUCAGCGCCAGUUGUUUGCGACGAGCGCUACGACUACGCCUCGCUGCUGUACCGGCGGGAAUUGCGCUGUGUCGCAUCGCGACAAUACCUGUACGAAGUAUACGACGACCUGAAACAAAAAGCGUUACAGCGCACUUGCUGGAAGAUGGUCGAGCCGUCCGACGAUGUCGCCCAAGUUGUUUGCAUUGACGGCGAGGAAAUGAUCGACAUGGUUGGGUGACACCGCUCAACCUAACGUGCGACGCAAGAGAAUUCUGUGGAGGGCCAGAAGUUGUCUGCUGCGAGCUAUAUUUGUGCUCCCGUUCCUGCGAACGUGGGAUGCAGCAUACAGAACACGCCACGUGCAUACCGCGUACACACCCCUCCACAGAGCUCUGACAUGGAGCGGUCUCGAGGACAGUUGCAAAUUCUUUUGCCUAGAUUCGGUAUCUUCACCGGCCUAGGUUGCCUCACACAACACUCAGAGGCAUGUAGAUGAUAGAAAGAGAAUACGACUACUGGACUGGCGCAAGGUCAGGUAGAGGGAACUGGAAAAAUGGCGUAACGUUGGUUGGAGCGAGGUGCGCUGCGGAUAAAAAUUGCUUGGAGAAGCAACAACAAGUGAGCGUUUCUAGCGUUGGCGUUUUUGUAUUUGACACCUCGCCAUUACGAGCAUUGAGGUUUUUGAGGUGUACCAUGCAUGUAUAAAAAUUCCUCAACGAGCAUUUUCCAUGAUGCGUACGAGGAUUUCGAC